CUGACAUGUUAUCCUCCUGUUUACAGUCUGAGCGCCACAUUUGAUAGUGUUAUUGGCGAACAUUUCAAAAUAAACCCGUGCGCCACUAAAUAUAAUCACAUUUCCUGGUUUUCGUGUCGAAUUCCUUCACAGUCUCCGGCGUGUGUGGAGCUCCGGGAGCAGGGGCGCUGCUCAGCCCCGGGGUCAUGUCAGCGAGGGGGCGGGGCGGGGAGAGGAGAGGGGAGGGGCGGGGGAAUCACCGCGGAGCUCCUCCCCCUCCAGGCUGCCGUCACCGGGGCUGCUGGACCGGAGCGACUCGGCACCAACAACCAAGAAGCCGCCGGCUGCUCCUCCGUGCUGAGUGAAGACUCGGUGCAGCCAGGAGCCUCCCCGCCGCCGCCUCCUCCGCCUCCUCCUCCGCCGCCGCCCCGUCGUCUCUCACGGCUGUCGACAUGGCCUCCGACGGCAUGGACGAGCGAUCUCCGCUGCUGUCGGGCCCCAACUCGGAGAAUGUGACCCCCACCGCUCCCCCGUACCUGCAGGAUUCAAGUCCCCGAGCCGAACUACCUCCUCCUUACACAGCCAUCGCCAGCCCCGACGCCGGCGGUGUGCCUGUCAUCAACUGCCGGGUCUGCCAGUCGCUCAUCAACCUGGACGGAAAGCUGCAUCAGCACGUGGUGAAGUGCACCGUCUGCAAUGAAGCCACGCCCAUCAAGAACCCCCCAACGGGGAAGAAAUAUGUGAGGUGUCCCUGUAACUGCCUGCUCAUCUGUAAAGACACGUCCAGGAGGAUAGGAUGUCCUCGACCGAACUGUAGACGCAUCAUCAACCUGAGCCCGGUGAUGGUCAUCCCAGAGGAGCAGCCCGCCCAGCCGGCUCUGCCCAUCCAGCCAGAGGGCAUGAGGGUGGUCUGCGGUCACUGUGGCAACACCUUCCUAUGGAUGGAGCUUCGGUUUAACACGCUAGCCAAGUGUCCCCACUGCAAAAAAAUAUCCUCUGUUGGCAGUGCGCUCCCCAGGAGGCGCUGUUGUGCUUAUAUAACCAUAGGAAUGAUCUGCAUUUUCAUUGGCGUGGGUUUAACAGUUGGUACUCGGGGCUUUGCCAGUCGUUACAACGCCACCUACGUCUCCUGGGCAUUCGCCUACCUGCUGGGCCUCAUCUGUCUGAUACGAGCCUGCUACUGGGGUGCUAUCAAAGUCAGCUACCCAGAGAACAGCUUCGCUUAGAGCGGGUCCUGGUAAGGCCCGGCCCGGCCCGGCCCAGCCCAGCCCGGCUGGAAGAACAAACCACACUUUUAGUUUUUUUCAUGUUGUUCAGAUUUCAAACCGGUCAUGUUCAGCGGAGUGGAACAUACGGACGGGAGUGUGUUUGAGAGGUGUACUGUACGUGUGAAGAGGUGUAUGUCGGAGGCGCAUCUUGUUGUGUUCGUCUGAUAUGUUUUAGACUCGCUGAACAAAGCUGACGUGUGUCGAUCAGCCCUCCUACUCGUCCGCAAGGACUCAAAUCCUGCCCAGGUGUUUGCCAAAAUACAGAAUCAAGAACUUGAGAAAAACUGUGAUUUUUUUUUUUCUUUUUUCUUGAUGAAUGCCAAAAUUAGCUGAUUUAAAAAUGGUAGUUGAGCAAACUGGUUGGAUUUGGUCUUUCUGGAGCAGUGUCUGUGUUGUUUUUUCAGCUGAUACCCACUUGAUUUCUUUUGUUACUGAGCAGACCAAAAUGAGACAGCCUCCUACGAACAGUUCGCCCGUUGCACUACGAUUAUAUGCAAUUGUACGUGUUGUUUUGCUGCUAGUUUGACUCCAGUUACAGAAAGCUGCGCAUCCAUAUUGUAUUGUAACAUUUACCUUGCCUGUGUAUACUGACAUAGUAUUGCUAUAUGAUUUUAACUCUCGAAAAAUGAUCGUUUUUUUUUUAAGAUAAAUCCUCCUCGAAAUACCCUUGUGUGCCAACUUCGCAGCCCAGUAUUAGUCGAGAAGAGCAUCAGAUCAACAGGAGCUUGUUUUUGUUUUUAAAUCAAAGUGUUGAUUUUUCUUUAUUUUUGUGUGUGUGCGCCAUGCAGCUUUUUAACUCACUCCAGCAAUAAUCUUUUUUUUUUUUUUGAGCGGUUUAGUUCCUGUCGUGUUCUUCACUGUGCUUUCGUUGCCUUCUCACCGGUGGGCUCAAGUUUGCAUGUCGACUUGUUUCUGUUCCAUCACCGAGGUGGCGUUUGUUCCGUUUCAGAGAGGUCACCGAAGCGUACGAUGUUCCUGUCUUUGCUCCUUCUGCCUGUGAGUUAGAAUGUAAACCCUCCUCCUCCUCCUCCUCCUCCUCCCCAGCGCUUAUAUCCACCGCUCUCAGACCUCCAGUGAACUCUGUGCUAGCUAGCAUUGCUAUAGGCUAACUCAGCAUCCUAUCUCUUGACCUUAAACCAGUGGGCACAGUUCAGACUUCUGACCUUGUUUUGAAUGUGAUGAUGAUGAUGAUGAUGAUGAUGAAGCAGAAAAUAAUGUUUAAAAAAAAAAAAAAAAAAGUUUGUACAUAGUUCAAAUUCAGUACCCGGAAAACUGUAGUGAGAGGUGGAAGGAGAGGACGGCUCGUGGGUCUUUUUAAAGAUGAUAAUUUAUCAAUAAAAUGAAAAACCUGCCUGAA